CCCCCCCCCCCUCCUUUUUAUUCCAUUUCUGGUUCCUUUCCUUUCGAUUUUCCUUCAAUUAAUUACCCAAACUGAAGGAAAUUGAAGUAUGCAAUAUGGAUGUCAUAGCGGGUACAGAAGAGUUUCAAGACUGGGAGCUUCUCCAACCCAACUCGGAUCUUCACAACUCGCCCGAUUCAGUUAGCUCAGUCGAAGAAAUCGGCUUAAUCCAGCAAAACUAUUUCUCCUUGGACCCUCAGAACCAAUACGUGGAUGAAUCGGAUGAUAAAAGUUCAGGCGAGUCGAAUAAUCCGAGUUGGAUUGAACCCGGGUCAGAGGAAAACCCUAGUCGGUUCCUAAAUAAAGAUCCCGGCGAGUUCUGGACGGAUUCGAGCAGCGACCGGUCUAAUGAACGUAACGAACGUAACGUUGUUGAUUUGUUGGGCACAAUUGAAAUGGGUCUUUCUGAAAACGAGAAAAAACAGGUGGACUUUGAAGCAAGUGAUAAAAUUGUGGAGAUAGAAGAAAAAUAUUCCGAGAAUUUGGAGAAGUUCUAUUCGGAUUCUAGUGAUAUUGUAGUGGAUCCAAUGAAAUUUAAUGACUUGGGGGAGAAUUCCGAAGUGGGUACUGAAGAAAACCUGGAUUCUCAAGGUAGAUCGAAUGUUUCACUUGAAGAAAAGCAUGAAAAUGAGAAUAUUGAAAACGGUAGUGAAAGAAUCAAUGAAACUGGAGAUAACAUAAAUGGUGAGAUUGGAAAAAAGAGUAUUGUGUGGUGGAAGAUGCCAAUAGAGAUUUUGAAAUACUAUGUGUCUAGAGUCAGUCCAGUUUGGGCUGUUUCCGUGGCAGCUGCAGUGAUGGGGUUCAUGAUUUUAGGACGCAGUUUGUAUAAGAUGAAGAAGAAGAACAGGGGAUUGGAGAUUAAGGUUACCAUGGAUGAUAAGAAGGUGUCUCAGUUCAUGAGCCGUGCAGCUCGUCUAAAUGAUGCAUUCUCAGUUGUAAAGCGGGUCCCUGUGAUUCGGCCUACACUGCCUGCUGUUGGGGUUACACCCUGGCCUGCGAUGAGCUUAAGAUAAAGCAUAUUAUACUUGUAAUUUCGGAAAUAGGUUGCUGCAUGUUAUUAUCAAGCCUAAGAUGGUGUGUGGUUUUCAAAUUUUCAUUUGCAUAUACUGUUUAUCAGCUUCUUUGUUCAGUGUACCUUCAAAACUCUGUUUUUAAUAUGUGGAAACUCUUUUCUAUUUUAA